UCGAGCUGUCGUUUUGGGCGGGAGAGUCUGCGCCCAACGUGACGCCAGGCAGGGAGGGGCACGUGACAAGGAGCGGAGCCGUCGCUCUGUCGUCACCAGGCGGCGGCGGGGAGAGCCCGUCGGCCGCGGAGCGACAUGGAGGAGUACGCCCGCGAACCAUGCCCCUGGCGAAUCGUGGAUGACUGUGGAGGGGCUUUCACCAUGGGUGCCAUCGGAGGAGGGAUUUUCCAGUCCAUUAAAGGGUUCAGGAAUGCGCCAGUGGGUGUCCGUCAUCGGCUAAGAGGGAGCAUCAAUGCCGUCAGGAUCCGGGCUCCUCAGAUUGGAGGCAGCUUUGCCGUGUGGGGCGGCCUCUUCUCCACCAUCGACUGCGGCCUGGUGAAGCUGCGUGGCAAGGAGGACCCCUGGAACUCCAUCAGCAGCGGCGCGCUGACCGGGGCCGUGCUGGCCUCCCGCAGUGGGCCUCUGGCCAUGGUGGGAUCGGCCAUGAUGGGGGGCAUCCUUCUGGCUCUGAUUGAGGGGGUGGGUAUCCUCCUCACCCGGUACACUGCACAGCAAUUCCAAAACCCCAGCCCACCGCUUGAGGACCCCAGCCAGCUGCCCCCCAAGGACUCCUCGACCUACGGCAGCUACAGCUAUUACCAGUAGCCUGGGUGGUGGGGGCCAGGCGGAGCGGAGUGGAGGUGAGACGCCCUCUCCUCCUCAGCCCCAGCGCGAGGAGCGAGCGAGGGGCGGCAAUUCCGGCCGAUCUGGUCACUCCCCUCCAUGCUGGGGAGACUCACCAGAGGGAAAGGGGAGAGAGAGUGGUACAGGAAUAAAGUAUUUGUCUCUUG